UCCCCUCCUACCUUCCCACCACUACCAUGAAGGUACUUGUGUUCAUUGCUGGUGUGGCCCUUGCCCUUGCCACUGCGGCCUCUGCCGAGGACAGGACUUGCAUUGCCAUGUGCUCCCGCACCGACGCCUCCUCCACCUGGUCCUCCAUGGCCCAGACGCCCGAGCUGUGGCUCCAAGCUGGCAGCCCCACUCCGGCCGAACGCAUCACUGUCAUGGUCGGCCUCCGUGCUCCUGAUGGUGGCCGUGCCCUUCGCGCCAAGUUCUUCGCUGUGUCUGACCCGGCAUCGCCCGACUACCGCAACUUCUGGAGCCGGAAGGAGCUGAUUGCUGCUGUGGCUGCUGACAAGCUUGAUGUGCAGGCUGUUGCUGCCUGGAUGGCCGAGGCCGGGGCCGAGCCGCGGCUGACGGCAACGGGCGACUGGCUCGAGACGACCAUGACGGUGGCUCAGGCCGAGACUCUGUUUGGCGCCAAGAUCGAGGCUUUUACCUGGGCCACGGACGACUCGGACGCGCGCAUUCUGCGAACGCUCGAGGCGGUGACGGUGCCGACGACUGUCGCGCCGCUGGUCACUGCCGUCGUCGGCCUGACCUCGUUCCCUGUCACGCUCGGUGCGCGCCGGUCGCGGCGCGAGUCGGGAGUGUCCCUUGGCACGCCCAAGGUCACGCCGCAGCUGCUGUACAAGCACUACAACGUGACCGAGCCUGCGCCCAAGGUGGCAAACCUGACGAUGGCGUGCGCCGAGUUUGAGCAUCAGUCGUUCUCGCCCCGUGACCUUACCCGGUUCCAGCGCGACUUUAAGCUUGCCGAGCAAAAGGUGUCCAAGGUGGUGGGUCCCAACGACGGGCUCGGCCACACUGAGGCCAACCUCGACAUCCAGUACAUCAUGGCACUCGCGCAGGGCGUCGAGGCUGAGAUGUGGCUCCAGUCCGGCCUCUCGUUCAACCUUGUCAAGUGGGCGCAGGACGUGCUCGCAUCGAGCGACAUCCCGCUGGUGUGGUCGAUGUCUUACGGCGAGGCCAUCGAGACCAUCUCGGUUUCGGAGGCUCAGCAGUACAACGCCGAGCUGCAGAAGUUCGGCUCGCUCGGCGUGACCCAGAUUGCGGCCGCCGGCGAUACCGGCGUGUACUCGCGCGGCCACCCGACCGGCGGCAUCUUCUACCCCACAUACCCUGCGUCGCUGCCGGCGGUCACCGCCGUCGGGGCCACCCAGAUGACCGACUCGGGUGACGAGAACUCGUGCACUGACUGGUCCGGCGGCGGCUUUGCUCCGUCCAAGUACUUUGCGUCGGCGACCGAGGCUCCGUGGCAGGUCGACGCCAUCCACGCCUACUUUGCGUCGGGUGUCGAUCUCCCGCCUGUCGCUUACUACGACUCGCACGGCACGGGCUUUCCGGACGUCUCCGCCCUCGGUGUCGACUUUGAGGUCGUCAUGGGUCUCAUCCGCGAGCCGGUCUCCGGCACCAGCGCUGCUUCUCCGACCUUUGCCGGUAUCAUCGCUAACGUCAACGCCCACCUCAUCAACGCUGGCUCGCGCCCGCUUGGCUUCCUCAACCCGUUCCUCUAUGCCCAUCCCGAGGCUUUUAACGACAUCACCCAGGGCAAGAACGACGACGGCACAAAGUAUGGCUUUGAGGCCACCAAGGGUUGGGACCCGGCGUCCGGCCUCGGCACCCCCAACUUUGCCGCCAUCCUCACCGCUGCCAUGGCUGCGUGAAGCAGUUGUGGUCUUACCCCCUCCCCAUGAAGCUCUUGAUUUUGUC